UUGUGCCGUUGUCUCUGAUCCUGAGUUGAGCUCGGAAGUAAAUUCGAUUUGGAUGUUGAUUUGAUGAAAUCCAUUUAUAUUUUCUCAUUUCGCAGCGGUUCAAACACUAUAAAAUUAAAAAAUGUCGCAAGUAAAAUCAAGCAAGAAGUUUAAAUGGGCCCUGGACUUCAACCCGAAAAACAAGGUUCAGAUAAAUGACCUACCUUAUCCACCGGGUUAUAGCCAGUCUUCAAAUUCGAGUUACACAGAAUCUUCAAAAGAUGCAGAUUCAAAUUUGCUCCUGAUAAAAAAAUUAUGGGAUGUUGCAUUAGGCCCACUAAAACAAGUACCGAUGAAUUUAUUCAUUAUGUAUAUGGCCGGGAAUUCUAUCUCGAUUUUCCCUAUCAUGAUGGUAGGAAUGUUGAUAGUGCGGCCAGUCAAGGCCCUUUUUGCUACUCAGAGCACAUUCAAGAUGGUGGAAGGAACUCAAGCGAUUGGCCAAAAGUUUGUUUACUUUAUUGGCAAUAUAGUUAACAUCUUUCUUGCACUAUAUAAAUGUCAAAGUAUGGGUUUGCUUCCAACACAUUCCAGUGACUGGUUAGCAUUUGAAGAACCUCAAACUAGAGUGGAACAUAUUGGGGGUGGUCUAUCUUUACUGUGAACCAAGUAAUAAUAAACAAUAUUUUUUCAUGUAUUUAUUUAAAUUAUCAUUGUAUAGAGCUAAUAAAUGGUAUUUACAGACA